CUAAGUUUCCUAAUUACACACCACAGGGGGGCUCUGAUGCUGGUGUGCCUCUCGAAUCCAUACCGACCGCAUUGGGUGACAUGCACCACUUUGCUUCGUCCAUCCGGCUUUCAGUCUUGAGCCUGGCUUCGUCGUCCUUGGACUUGACGAUCGGGACCUCGUAUGGGCCGCUGGCGCAGUCUGGGUCUCGAAGGCACUCGCCGUCACCAGUGCUGAUUGACAGAUAGAAAAUGUCACCAAAAUUGAAUGUCACAUCCGUGAUACCACACCGAAAACGUACUUCGUGGUCAAAACUGGAGUGCGAACGGCGUCGACGACACAGACAUGCUUUUUCAGCUGUGAACCGUCGGAUUUCCAACAACCGAUGGUGGAUUCUGCCAAAAUGAUGCAGACUUGUGUGACAGAGUCAGACGUGGUGUUUGAAUCUGUCCGUCUCACUGCCUGAGAGGUGGUAGUAUUUGUCGUGGACGGACUGUCCUGUGGACUCAUCCUUGUGGGUGCCGUCCUCCUCUCCCAUCCACCCUUUGAAAGCGACCGUACAGGGAAUCUUACCAACGCCUGCCAUCGUCUCGUUUGCAGUGGUGAGCGUUGCCACGGGGGCGAAGUGGACAUGGUUGUGAGGAAGGGCCUGGCCAUCAGACACAAGCAGUGCCGCCGCCACAAUGACGAGACGGAGAACCGAGCAGAUGGCCUUCAU